AUGGCGCUGCGGGGCGUCUUGGUCCUGGAGCUGGCGGGCCUGGCCCCCGGCCCUUUCUGCGGCAUGGUCCUGGCGGACUUCGGGGCGCAGGUGGUGCGUGUGGACCGGCCGGGCUCCGUCGGGGACGUGAGCCGCCUGUCGCGGGGCAAGCGCUCGCUGGUCGUGGACCUGAAGAGGCCGGGCGGAGUGGCCGUGGUGCGGCGCCUGUGCGCCCGGGUGGACGUGGUGCUGGAGCCCUUCCGCCACGGUGUCAUGGAAAAACUCCAACUCACCCCAGAGAUUCUGCAGAAGGAGAAUCCAAGGCUUAUCUAUGCCAGGUUGAGUGGCUUUGGCCAGUCAGGAAGAUUCUCCACGGCAGCAGGCCAUGACAUCAACUAUUUGGCUCUGUCAGGUGUCCUGUCAAAAAUUGGCAGAAGUGGUGAGAACCCAUAUGCUCCACUGAAUCUCCUGGCUGACUUUGGUGGUGGUGGCCUCAUGUGCGCCCUGGGCAUCGUGAUGGCUCUUUUUGAACGCACACGCUCUGGCAAAGGUCAGGUCGUCGAUGCAAGCAUGGUGGAAGGAACAGCAUAUCUAAGUACUUUUCUGUGGAAAACUGCAAAUCUAGGACUGUGGGAACAACGUCGAGGAGAGAACCUAUUAGAUGGUGGAGCACCUUUCUACACAACUUACCAGACGGCCGACGGGGAGUUCAUGGCUGUUGGAGCAUUGGAACCCCAGUUCUAUAAGCUGCUGAUCAAAGGACUUGGGCUAAAGUCUGAUGAACUUCCCAAUCAGAUGAGCAUGACUGAUUGGCCAGAGAUGAAGAAGAAAUUUGCAGAUAUAUUUGCAAAGAAAACAAAGGCAGAGUGGUGUCAGAUCUUUGAUGGCACAGAUGCAUGCGUGACUCCGGUUUUGACUUUUGAAGAGGUUGCCCAUCACGAUCACAACAAGGAACGGGGCUCAUUUAUCACUGGUGGGGAUCAGGGUAUGAGUCCCCGCCCGGCACCUCUGCUAUCAGGCACCCCAGCUGUCCCUUCUCUCCAAAGGGAUCCUUUGAUAGGAGAACACACUGUAGAGAUACUUAGAGAAUUUGGGUUCAGCCAGGAAGAGAUUGAUCAGCUUUACUCAGCUAAAGUUAUUGAAAGUAAUAAGCUGGGAGCUAAUCUCUAAAGUCCAGGCCCCUCAGCUCAAGUGAAUUUAAAUAUUGCAUUUAUAGAAUAAUACAUACAAAUGUAUGCAUGGAAACGUGAAAGGACAGUAGUGCAGCGUUCUGGCUAUUCUAAUCAAGAAACAAGACUGAUUACACAGUAAUGACCCAAUUCUGAAAAUGGUUAAUAUGGCUUUUGAUUUAGGAGUGUUUUUAAUUUACCUCUACUAAAUUGUGACAGUUUUUCUGCCUUCCAGUACUUGAUAGAUUAUAUUUGUUGAUAUUAAAACUUAAGUCUUUAUAUAUACUUUAAAUGAAUUAAUAUAAUGCUUUUUAUUAAAUAAAGCUUUUUUGCUCUAAA